AGGAAUCCAGCAGGCGUCUGCAGACUAAUAUCUCAGAACAAGGAGGAAACAUGGGAGUGGGAACUGACAGAUAAACCUCUCAGGGAGCUUCACAGAAGCUUUACACUUACUCUGUAGUUACAGAAAUACAGCUGAUCUGCCGCAGUGACACUGUGGACUUAAAAAGGAAAGCAGGAGCACGACUUCUCUUGGCUUUGCUGCAAGGGUGUCCUCAUACUGGAUACUUUUGAUGCUGGGCACAAUAAUUUGAUAUCUGUCACACAAGGGCCAUAACAGAUCACAUGCAGUCGCAGCAACGUGCAGAAGUGGUUGGCGAUCCAAAUGGCUCCCAGAUUACCUUUUCCAGGGAGCCUGGAGUUUCCUCUGGUCAGCAGAUCCUAACAUCUCCAGAGUUGACCCAUGAGGUGGUUAUCUCCCCGGGACUCCCUACGCCUCCCCUGAGCCCUUUUCGCUCCGCAGGGCUCCCAUUUGGAGAGUUCAAGGUGUCAGAGGUGAAUGGAAGUGGACCAACAACUCUCAGCUUUGGAUCUUACUAUGGCCCCUCACAAUUGCAUGGCGGACUGUCCAAUGGCGUCCAGAGCUCUGCCACUUUACCACGCAGCUGGACUCCCACCAAGGAGGAGAGGCUUAUCAAGUUCUCAGGAAUCGGUCCAGUGGAUGAAACCGGGAUGCCCAUUGCCUCCAGAUCAAGUGUGAACAAGCCCAGAGACUGGUACAAGAGCAUGUUCAGACAGAUUCACAAGAAGCUAGAGGAACCUGAUCUGGAGGAUUCAGAGCAGUGGUCAGCCGAACGGCUCCAGUUAUCUGCCAACACAGAGGAAAGUAAUGAAGCAGACAAGAAUCUCUUCAGACUAACACCUUAUGGAGCUCUACCAGACUGGAGUGAGGAUGUAGACAAGCUGUCAGACGCAGGAAAGCAGCACCCUCAACCGAAGAGCAUAUUCGACUUUGAGCCUGGAAAGAGCACUGCCUCAGAAAGCCACAGCCAGGUUCAUUUAUCCCCGAAGAAACAGCCUGAGAAACCAAAGUCCCCUUCAAUUGAGGCCAGUCUGGUCUCUGAGCUGAGUCGAUUUGAGGCUGAGCUGGACUCGGAGAUCCAGGGCCUGGAGAGGAGACUUUCCCAGAAGAAGCAGCGUCGAGGCCGGGGUGAGGAGGCCAGGGGCAGGGAUCCAGUAACUGCUCCAAAGACUGGGACUACAAACUACAGCAAUUCAUCAGCAUCAAAGCAGCCUGUCCAUCGCUCUGUUGGCACAUCAUCAACCUCUGCUCCCACAUAUGUAGAACGUCUUUCCCCUGCAAAUGAAACCAUGGAGCUCCCACCUAAGAAAGAGGAGAAAAGGAUGAAAGCAGCGCGAGCCAAGUUCAACUUCCAGGCUCAGUCACCCAAGGAGCUCAUGCUGCAGAAAGGCGACAUUGUUUACAUCCACAGGCAGGUAGAUGCCAACUGGUUUGAAGGAGAACAUCACGGAAGAGCUGGCAUUUUCCCCACAUCUUAUGUGGAGAUUCUGCCUCCUACAGAGAAGCCGACUCCUAUAAAGUGUCCCACUUUACAGGUGUUGGACUACGGGGAAGCUGUGGCUCUGUUUAACUUCAACGCUGACCUACCUGUUGAACUUUCUUUUCGUAAAGGUGAAGUGAUCAAUAUAACCAGGCGUGUUGACGAUAAGUGGUUAGAGGGCAGGAUCUCAGGGACCAGCCGGAGCGGCAUCUUCCCGGCCAAUUAUGUUCAGGUCAACAAGAUGCCCCGUACCAAAUACUCCACGGAUGACUACUCACCUGGUCCCAUGUCUCCCAUCUCCCCUGGACCUCAGAGUCCAGGACGCCCACUCCACUCACCCUGCCCGCGGUCACCAUUAUCCCCUUUCACCCCCACUUCCCUCAGUCCUAAACCCGAGCACUCCCCCCUGAAGCUGUCUUCACCUGUACCUUAUGGCAGCCCAGCUUCACAGUCACGCUCCCCCACCCAGACACCCGUAUCCAAAGAAACGGCCAAUUGGUGGCCCCACAGCACCUCCAAAACUGCUUCACCCACCAACCAGAACAGCCACUGGGCUGGAACACACUCAGCUAACCAGAGCUCCGCGGCUAGAGCUGUUUCACCUUCCACUCAGUCAUCAGCGUCUGUACACAGAGCAGGAGCUACCACAGCGAACACUCCCAGAUACACUGACCCCUCACAGGAUGCAAUACCAAACCAGGCUGCGCCAUCUAAUCCACACGCUAACUUCCUGCCGCAAACACAAGUGCCAAACAACCCUGGUUCAACUGUGUCACAACGCCAACCAUACAAAGCUGUUUACAACUAUAAACCACAGAAUUCAGAUGAGUUGGAGCUCAGAGAAGGAGACAUUGUGCAAGUGAUGGAGAAAUGUGAUGAUGGCUGGUUUGUAGGUACGUCAGAACGGACUCGUGCUUUUGGGACUUUUCCUGGGAAUUACGUGGCACCGGUUUGACCUCCUCACUCCCCUGCUUGUCCACAUCCACCUGGACUCAUAAGAGCCCAACCCAUAACUUAAACUCACUCCAACAGAUCCUGCUUUAACACCCCAGUAUUUCUUCAUCCCAUUUACCCACCACACUCCUACAUCUGGUUUAGUCAGACCUGCAUGAUCUCUCUGUUUCCCAGAACAGAGGUGAAGGCAGGGAUAUUGAGUGGUUUCUCAACCUCACCUCCCUGCAUGAGUGCAUGUGUGUGUUCCACUGAUUCUUGGAGAGUGUUUUCACACACACCACUUGAGAGGAAAGAAUGAAUGCUGAUGAUACUGUUUCAGAUGCAAAGAAUGAACUUUUUUGUUCCACAACUAUUUGCAGCUGCAGGAAAUUUGCAUUCCUUCCCAGUGAACAGCACUGUUCCUUCUGAGGUCCUGAUACAGUAUGAUGCUGCAUUCAGCUUUUUGUCACCACAGUGCCAUCACAAACCACUGCAGAGAAUUUUGAAUUAGGGUGGCACAUUUUUUUCUGGCAUUAAUGUUUCCUUCAAAUAUCUUCCUCAGAUUUUCUUUCAGAUCUCUGAAAAUACCCUGGACAAGUUUGAGGAAACAACACCAACAUCUGUAGAUAUGUGCUUAAAGUAAAGAGCAAUAAGGGCUUGGACAUGUCAAGAUAAGUUUACAGCCUUUCACAAGGCUAUGCAGAAGAGCAGGUAUAAUUAAUGCAUGUACUGGUUUCUUAAGCAAGUUAUUCAUUAGAGAAUAUUUGGCUUUUGUCAAUCACAUUUGUUCCUCUUAAGCCAUGGAGUUGAAUGCCAAAGGUGGAAGUAAUAAGAUAGAUCAUGUUCUGUGCUGUAACCGAAGUUGCUUUGCUCUGAAAUUAAAUUUCAAACCUCUGUAAGUUGUACAAGAUCAGCUGUAUUGAAGUUAAAUGCCUCCACAUUUUACAAGAGCAAAUGGUUAAAUGAAAUCUUUUUGAAGUAUUUGAAGUAAUGCUUUAAGUGCAAAAUCAAACCUUUCACAACAUUUCUCUUUUAAAUUCUCCACUGAAGAAUCCCAGCUCACUUUAUUUCUGCUACAUUUGCUACUACUGCUUUUAUAAUGUUUUCUCUGGUUAGGGGUUAACAUUCUCACUUUGACAGUAUUUCCAAAACCACUCACUGUAUGUUUGUACCAGUGCAACCUUUGACAAGUGUCUAAUUAGAAAUCCUUAUCAUGAAGUCAUUUUGCAAUUUCAUGAUUUAUUCAUGAUUUCACUGUAAAAAUGAAUCAUAUUGAGUAGACACAGGAGAUGAUUGUACAGAAUGUAACCUUUUUAUCAAAUUGAAAGUAUAAUAUAUAUUUGCUUAUAAAACAAUGUAUCUCAUAUGUAUGGUACGCAAUUUUUUAAAAGCAAUUAAACAUUACAGAGUGAUACUAAAA